AUGGCUACAGCGUCUCCCACGCCCAUGGGCUCGUACGGCCGCGCGCGCGUGCAGACGUCGACCCGCGUGCGCAGAGACUCGCCCAUGUCUGUGCUGGGCGAGUCGCAAGGCUUCUCGGCCAAUGCGCCCAUGAUGCAGAGCAUCGACAUUGGCGACAGCUCCGACGACGAGAUCCCGCAGCCCAUGAAGCUUAGCGCCCUGACGACGGCGCUGCUCGCCCAGAACGACGACGCCAUGUCACCAGAGAGGAGGAAGCCAAAACUGAAAAUCUCGCGCAACGGAUCAGCAUCGAAUACGCCGGAGCGCGCGCGACAAGACUCGCUCACGCCUGCGCCGAGUCUGCGCAUCAAGCGAGUACCGCUGCGAGGCGCGCCCAUGCGCAGGUUCCGAAGGACCCCCCAGAGCGAAGAAGACCAUCCGCCUUCGCAGGAUCAGGAGAACCUGCCUGCGUCUGUGGUAAGAGUAAAGGAGGAGCAUCCCAACGUGCCCGACUCGGUGCUCAAGAUGACCGACUCGGUAAUGAAGGUGAGAGAUGAGAGGGACGCACGACCUGCCCAGCAACACCAAUCGCCCCUCCAGCGGCACCAAUCGCCCCUCCAGCGGCACCAAUCACCACUCCAGCGGCGCCAAUCACCGCUCCAGCGACGCCAAUCACCACCUCCGCAACAGCAGGAGAAGCCAGUGCCGCUACAGUCCAGGGAUGCAAACACACCACGGAGACCAGCGCCGCCGCCGCCACCCAAGAUGUCCGUUCUUGAAGCCGCCACUGUUGCCGCGGGCGCAGCAACGGCAACCAAGCACAGAGAGCGAAAGAAGAGAAGCACCUUGUCAGUCAACGGAAAGCACUAUUCGCAGAUGGACCGGAUAGGGAGAGGGGGCAGCUCGGCCGUGUAUCGCGUCAUGGCAGAGAACUUCAAGCUGCUGGCUCUGAAGCGAGUGAAGCUGGAAGACGCCGACGAGGCCGCCGUCCGCGGCUACAAAGGUGAAAUCGAUCUCCUUCAGAAGCUCAAGGACGUCGAGCGAGUCGUCCGCCUCUACGACUGGGAAGUGGACGAGCAACGGCAGAUCCUCAGCGUACUCAUGGAGAUUGGCGAAUCUGACCUCGCGCGCAUCAUCCGGAUGAAACUGGACCCCACCGACUCUUCCGCCCCAGGCACGCUCGACCUCUCCUUUACACGCUUCUACUGGAAAGAAAUGCUCGAGUGCGUCGGCGCCGUGCACGCCCACGACAUUGUGCACUCGGACCUCAAGCCCGCAAACUUCCUCCUCGUCUCCGGGCGCCUAAAGCUAAUCGACUUUGGCAUCGCAAACGCAAUCGACACCGACAACACCGUCAACGUGCACCGCGACUCACACAUUGGCACCCCAAACUACAUGUCCCCCGAAUCCCUCGAAGACAGCGCAGGCGGCGCCCAGGGCCAGCUCAGCAACGGCCAGGCCGCAAAGGACAUGGCCCUCGGCAAGCCCAGCGACGUCUGGAGCCUCGGCUGCAUCCUGUACCAGAUGGUGUACGGGCGCCCGCCCUUUGCCCACAUUGCAAACCAAAUGGCGCGCGUCCUCGCCAUCGUCAACCGCGCGCACGCCAUUGCCUUUCCCGACCUGGGGCUGGGCGACGUCCGCGUCCCGCCCGCUCUCAAGGCCACCCUGCGCCGCUGCCUCGACCGCGACCCCGCCCGGCGGCCUACCGUCAUGCAGCUUCUUGAUCAGAGAGAUGGCUUUCUGUACCCGGAUGCGGGUGAGGACCUGAGGAUUCCGCAGGAUUUGCUGGCACAGAUUAUUACCAGGGUUGCGGAUCGGUUCCGUGAUGAGGCGAAACCGGCCCCGACUGAGGAGGAGAUUAGGAUGUAUCCGAAGAGUUUUUAUGAGAAGAUUAGGGCGUUGCUUGAGAGUGGUGGGUGA